AUGUACAACCGCGCGAGGCCAACCGCGGACCAGCCGCGGGCGGAUAAUCGACACAGUAGCACCCACACUGCGAAGCGCUCCCUUUCCGAGUCCCGCGCCCCGGGCCCCGCUGCAGCCACGGCUCCAGCCUCCCUGCCCGUCAAGGCCGCCGCCGCCCACGCCGUAACCGCCAAUCACCCGGGCACCGGAGGAGGCGGCGCCACACCAGCAGCACAACAUGCAGCAGCCGGCUCAGCAGCCGGCUCCGACCAUGCUGGCGGCAGCCCGGUGCGGUCUACCCUCCUUCAGCCCCGCGUUGCCGUCGCACUAGGCGUCUCCAAGAAAUGGUAUCCCAUCCUCUUCCUCUGUCGGCUGGCCUCCAUCGGCCCAGGCGUGCUGUUUGGCCUGCCCAACGUCCUCCGACUGCUGGCGACACUUCACCUCAUGUACCUCGACAGGGUCCUCGAUGGCGGCGCCUUGAGCAAACUAGGAAGGACAGGGGGAGGAGGAGCGAAUUUCCUAUCGGCUUCAUCGGGUUACAACCCGGCAUUCGAAGCCAGGCUGCGGUUGACUGAGGCCCUGCUCGCGACAAUAUGGUGCUGCGCAUCAGGCUACCUCUCCUUCUUCUUUACGGACUGCCUCAUGUCGCGCUGGCUGCUCCACUACACGCCACAAGCGACCAUCGUCCGGCUGCUCACCGUCGACGCCAUAAACGGCUACCUGACCUCCUGGGUCCUCCACCUCACAGGCGGGUUCGAGGACCCGCGGCUCAUCCUCCCGGCCUGGAUUGUGAUCUCCACGACCCUGACGGUUCUCUACCACAUCACCCAACGCAAGAUCAACAUACGCAAGGAGACGUCCAUGUCGAUCAGCGUGUUUUCCAUCGCCAGCUUCGUCAGUAUGGUGGCGCUCCUCGUGCAACUGCACUCGAACCGCUCCGACUAUCCUGACAUCCCACUGCUCAACUUUGUCCGGAGGGUCUUUGACGAGGCUUGUAAGCUGGCUAUACGAAUCAUGGAGUACGCUGACAUCACGAGGGAGCUCUAA